AUGGCCGUCGCCUCGACGCCGCUCGUCGCGGCACCAUCGUGCCCGGCCUGGGCGAAGCAUCGUCGCGGGCGCCAGCCGCAGAGGAGGACAUGUGGCUGUGCCUGGCCGACGGCCGCGCGCGCAGCACCGCCGACUGAAGCGCCUGGCGACAGCCGCUCGGCGCCGGCGGUCGCCAAGACCGUGCGCCCACAACGCGGCCAGUGCGGCUGCCCGGCGCACGCGGUGUGCGGCAUGUGCGUCGACCAGGGCAAGCUCGCCGCGGCCGAGCAGGCGGCCAUCGACCUGGAGACGCGCUUCCACGCCUCGACGAACGUCGUCAUGGACCUGGAGCGGCCCGAGGACGAGACGGCGGCGCUGCUGCAGCGCUGCGUGCACGUCUCCGACGAGACGAAGCGGCGGCUGCUGGGCGAGUGGAGCGACGAGCGCAUGGCGCACGCGCUGCCGCUGCACGCAUGCGCCUCGUGCUUAGAAAAGGAGUUGCGGUGUUGAUCGCCGCGGGAGCCCUCUUAU